UUGAAUGCACAUAUGAAGAAGGUCGAAAGUAGAAGGAAAGAGGUGAAACCAAAUUGCGUCCAGAUUCAUCCCCCCAGAUAUGCUCCAACCUUAUAAAACCAGACAAAUCACAUCUCUUAUUAAUUCCAUCCAAAACCGAAGGUGCUCCUCCCACUCAUCAUUCAAUUUCCCCAAAAUACCCUUGUCCCCAAAUUUAAUCCCGAAAUCACCCUUGUAAUCAGAAUUUCAUUUGGUAAUCUGCCCCUAAUUAAGAUCCCUCUUCCACCAUAAACCCACCCCAUUAACCUCCAACACUAAAGUGGGAGAGGCAAAAAUGGCAGCCAUGGCCUCUCUUCACCUCAAAACAUCCUCAUCUCACCCCCAUUCCAUCUCCAAAUUACCAAAACCCUAUUCACCCGCCGCCCUCAGACUCCCCCUCCGCCGCCGCCCGGCACCGGCGACCCGGAUUUCGGCCUCCCUCAUCGACCCGGACGGCGGAAAACUCGUUGAGCUCUUCGUUCCGGAAUCCGAGAAGAAUUCGAAAUUGAAGCUGGCGUCGGGGCUGCCGAGGAUCACGCUGUCGGAAAUCGAUCUGCAAUGGGUCCACGUGCUCAGCGAGGGGUGGGCCAGCCCGCUCAAGGGCUUCAUGCGCGAAGCCGAGUUUCUCCAAACACUUCAUUUCAACUCGCUCCGGCUCGAAAACGGGUCGGUAGUCAACAUGUCCGUGCCCAUCGUGCUCGCCAUCGACGACGCCCAGAAGAAUCGGGUCGGGUCGUCUGCCAGCGUGGCGCUCGUCGAUGACCGCGACGACGUCGUUGCUGUCUUGAGCAACAUUGAGAUUUACAAACACAACAAAGAAGAAAGGAUAGCAAGAACUUGGGGCACGACGGCACCCGGUCUACCUUACGUGGACGAAGCCAUCACUGAUGCCGGGAACUGGCUCGUCGGGGGCGACCUAGAGGUCAUAAAUCCGGUCAAGUACGAGGACGGACUUGACCGGUUCCGUCUCUCCCCUGCACAGCUGCGGGAGGAGUUUGAGAGGCGCAAUGCAGAUGCUGUUUUUGCAUUCCAGCUGAGGAACCCCGUCCACAACGGCCACGCCCUCUUGAUGACAGACACUCGUCGUAGGCUCCUUGAGAUGGGGUACAAGAACCCAGUGCUCUUGCUCCAUCCCUUGGGAGGCUACACCAAGGCGGAUGACGUGCCACUGAGCUGGCGGAUGAAGCAGCACGAGAAGGUGCUGGAAGAUGGUGUGUUGGACCCGGAGACGACAGUUGUGUCCAUCUUCCCCUCGCCAAUGCACUAUGCUGGCCCGACAGAGGUGCAGUGGCACGCCAAGGCUAGGAUCAAUGCGGGCGCCAACUUCUAUAUUGUGGGUCGGGAUCCGGCUGGUAUGAGCCACCCGCUUGAGAAGAGAGACCUCUACGAUGCCGAUCAUGGGAAGAAGGUGCUCAGCAUGGCGCCCGGCUUGGAGCGCCUCAAUAUCCUUCCUUUCAAGGUAGCUGCUUAUGACAAGACUCAAAACAAGAUGGCAUUCUUUGAUCCAUCAAGGGCACAAGAUUUUGUCUUUAUAUCCGGCACAAAGGUAAUUAAGUCGUUUCUGUUGUUCAAAACUGAGUUAAAAGUGAUUUUCCUCAUUCUUCAUCGCUCUCUCUGCAGAUGCGUACCCUUGCUAAGAACAAAGAAAGCCCGCCCAACGGUUUCAUGUGCCCUGGUGGGUGGAAGGUUCUGGUGGAUUACUAUGACACCCUUUCUCUCUCCGACAACGGGAGAGUGCCGGAGCCAAUUCCAGCUUGAGUGCAUCACCUGCCUGGGCACCUCCAUUUGUAUCAUAAUGAUGAAGAAAUUUCUGUGGUUGAAUAAUGCCAAAUGAGGCAAAACUCUUUGCCUCAAUCUGUGUAAUAUAGUACCAUCAAUGGCAGUUGAAGAAAUAGGUGUGAUAUUUGUGUUUGCUGCAACACAUCCAAGAUUGAGUUUGCUCUACAUGUAUACAUACAUUAUCAAGUAUGAGCUCUGUUUGCAUUGGUUUUAAGUUUGAAUGGAGUUUGAUUCGAUUUGGCUCCA